AUGAAAUUCCUUACCGGUUGUGGUCUGGUAGACUUGCUCGGUGGUAGUCUCAACUGGAACUGUGGUCGAUGGAACAUCGGCGGCAGUGGUAGUUGUGUAGACAGCCUCAGUGGUAGUCUCAGCUGGAACACUGGUGGUUGUGUAAGCCUCGGUGGUGGUCGAUGGGACAUCAGCGGCCGUUGUGGUAGUCUCCUCUGCGACGGUGGUCGUCUCAUAGGCUUGAGUCGUCGUCGAUGGGACAUCAGCAGCUGUGGUGGUGGUUUCAGCCUGAGUCGUUGUUGUGUAGGCAUCAGUUGUAGUCUCCUCUGGGACUGUGGUGGUCUCAUAGGCUUGAGUAGUCGAUGGAACAUCAGCAGCCGUCGUUGUGAUCUCAACUUGAGUGGUAGUCUCAUAUGCUGGAGCAGUGGUGGUUGUAUAGGCCUCAGUGGUGGUGCUUGGGACAUCAGCUGCCGUAGUCGUAGUCUCCUCUGGGAUCGUGGUGGUCUCAUAGGCUCCAGUUGUGGUCUCAGCUUGAGUGGUUGUAGUGUAGGCCUCAGUUGUAGUCUCAUAGGCUCCAGUUGUGGUCGUCGAUGGAACAUCAGCGGCGGUGGUUGUGUAGACAGCCUCAGUGGUAGCCUCAGCUGGGAUAGUGGUGGUCUCAUAAGCCUGGGUAGUCGGAGCAUUGUAAGCAGCGGUCUCAGUCACUGGAGCAACAUAUCCAUAUCCAGACGACUCGUCACCGGAUCCACUUCCCUCAUCAUUUCCAGACGCAUUUUGGCACUCUGGCACGUUCUCAGUGUAGUCACAGAUGACACGAGCCUCGUCGAACGCGAGUUUAGCCGGACACUGCAUUGGGAUGGUACGUCCGUUGGAGCAGGCGAUGUAGUGGUCGCUGCACUGAGCAUAUGGAGAAGCGGUGGUCUCAAUUGGGACUGGAACGUCGUCAGCUGGAGCGGUAGUGGUCUCAACGUCGACUGGAGCGUAGUAUGGAGCAGUGGUAGUCUCCACAUCGGCAGCUGGGGUAGUUGUGAUGUCUACUGGAGCAUAUGGACUAGCAGUGGUCUCAACUGGAACCGUGACAUCUUCGGCUGGAGUCGUGGUGGCUUCAGUGGUGACUGGUGCGUAGUAUGGGGCGGUUGUUGGCUCAGUGACGUCUUCAGCUGGAGUGGUGGUGGUCUCAGCGACGUAUGGGGCAGCGGUGGUCUCAAUUGGAGCAUAUGGACUAGCAGUGGUCUCAACUGGAACCGUGACAUCUUCGGCCGGAGUCGUGGUGGCUUCAGUGGUGACUGGUGCGUAGUAUGGAGCGGUUGUUGGCUCAGUGACGUCUUCAGCUGGAGUGGUGGUGGUCUCAACAUCGCCUGGAGCAUAAUAUGGGACUGUAGAGGUCUCCACAUCCUCGGCUGGGGUCGUAGCUGGCUCGGUGACCGGCUCGUAUGGGCUAGCGGUAGUCUCGACUGGAACUGGCACGUCCUCAGCUGGCACGGUGGUGGCCUCAGUGACGACACGAACGUAUGGGUUGGCGGUGGUCUCAACUGGAACAUAUGGGUCGACUGGAGCAGUCACGUCAGCAGCUGGAGUCGUCGUGGCUUCAGAAGACGCACCGUAGGCCGAUGUGUAGUCCUGUGGAACUCCUCCGCACUCUGGAACGUUGUACGAGUACUCACAAGCGACGAUUCGGUGGUCGUAGAUCAGCUGAAAUUUACCUCCAGAACAAGUCAAAAACUGUGGCGAGCAUCCACCGAUCGGAUAGAGACCAUCUUCCUUCGCCGAACAGUCCGUGUCCACGAAAACAGGCGUGUCGGAGCCGGAUCCGUCACCAGAAGCUUCUGGAGUUGUGCUCUCGAGUGGAAGGUUCUCGUACAUACCAGUGACACCAUAUUGGGCACAGACAGAGGCGACGAGGAGAGCGGCGAGGACCACACGUUUGGGAAGCAUCCUGGAAAGAUUUUGGGUGAGAUGGAUGGAAUUAGUGAGAGAAAACGGAGAAUUUUGUAUUGA